CUCCUCCUCCCCCUCUCCGGAACAGCCAGCAGCAGCGCAGGAGCUGCCGUGCCUCGUCUUUCACGGAGGAGAUCCCGAAAGCCGGAGUAAUAGCGAAGCCCCCCGUACAGCCAUGGCAGAGAACGCCGGCUUGGAAAACCACCGCAUCAAGAGCUUUAAAAAUAAAGGGCGUGAUGUCGAGACUAUGAGAAGACAUCGAAAUGAGGUGACAGUUGAAUUGAGAAAGAACAAACGAGACGAACAUUUACUGAAGAAGAGAAAUGUCCCGCAGGAGGAGAGUCUGGAGGACUCUGACGUCGACUCAGACUUCAAAGGACAAAAUGUCACGCUUGAUGCCAUCUUACAGAAUGCUACCAGUGAUAAUGCAGUUAUACAGCUCAGUGCUGUACAGGCAGCCAGAAAACUGCUCUCGAGUGACAGAAACCCUCCCAUCGAUGACUUGAUAAAGUCUGGGAUCCUGCCCAUUUUAGUCAAAUGCCUGGAAAGGGACGACAAUCCCUCUCUUCAGUUCGAGGCAGCUUGGGCUCUGACCAACAUUGCCUCUGGGACGUCAGCGCAGACACAGGCUGUGGUUAAAUCCAAUGCAGUGCCCUUGUUUCUGCGACUGCUACACUCUCCUCACCAGAACGUUUGUGAACAGGCUGUAUGGGCUUUAGGAAACAUUAUAGGUGAUGGUCCACAGUGCAGGGAUUAUGUCAUCUCCCUGGGCGUGGUCAAGCCCCUGCUGUCUUUCAUCAACCCGUCGAUCCCCAUCACCUUCCUCCGCAACGUCACCUGGGUCAUCGUUAACCUCUGCCGCAACAAGGAUCCCCCGCCACCCAUGGAGACUGUGCAAGAGAUUUUGCCAGCCCUCUGUGUGCUAAUAUAUCACACUGAUAUAAAUAUCCUAGUAGACACGGUGUGGGCUCUGUCUUAUCUGACGGACGGAGGCAACGAGCAGAUCCAGAUGGUCAUUGAUUCUGGAGUUGUUCCAUUUCUUGUGCCUCUCCUCAGCCACCAGGAGGUGAAAGUUCAGACGGCAGCUCUGAGGGCAGUGGGAAACAUCGUGACGGGGACGGACGAGCAGACACAGGUGGUUCUCAACUGCGAUGUCCUCUCACACUUCCCCAACCUGCUCACACACCCUAAAGAGAAGAUCAACAAGGAAGCGGUCUGGUUCCUGUCCAACAUAACAGCUGGGAACCAACAGCAGGUCCAAGCUGUGAUCGAUGCUGGGCUGAUUCCUAUGAUCAUUCACCAACUGGCCAAGGGUGAUUUUGGCACUCAGAAGGAGGCAGCAUGGGCCAUCAGCAACCUCACCAUCAGUGGGAGGAAAGACCAGGUGGAGUUCUUGGUGGAGCAGAACGUCAUCCCUCCGUUCUGUAACCUGCUGUCGGUGAAGGACUCCCAGGUGGUGCAGGUCGUCCUGGACGGCCUCAAGAACAUCCUCAUCAUGGCAGGAGACGAAGCCAGCACUAUUGCCGAGAUCAUAGAGGAGUGUGGAGGUUUGGAGAAGAUAGAAAAUCUGCAGCAGCAUGAGAAUGAGGACAUCUACAAACUAGCCUUUGAGAUUAUCGAUCAGUACUUUUCAGGAGAUGAUAUCGAUGAAGAUCCCAGCUUGAUCCCUGAAACCACUCAAGGAGGAACCUUCAACUUUGAUCCAGCUUCCAACAUGCAAACGAAGGAGUUUAAUUUCUAAAAUCCAGGAUGUUUGCUUCAACCAGUUGCACGGGUACUCUGUAAUCACCCCAGACAUUCAUCCAUCUUUCCUCCAAUCUGGCAACCUGGUACCGAAGGAUUUACUUAGCAUCACUUCAAAACGGAAACUCGCCACUGAAGAGUUUACCCACCCCCUCCUCUGCACUGUGGGGUGUUUUUUUUUUUUUUUCCCCCUCCUCUUCUUCUUUUUAAAACGGUCAUCCUUCACCGAACACUGCAACCUUUCACAGGAGUCCUGGUUGUUCGACAGGCGCCGUCACCAUCUGGCAACCCGCAUCAGGAGGAUUGUCGGUCGUCUCUGCCAGUGCUUCUGAAUAUCACACAAAAAUAGAAGGAAGAAAAAGCCUUCGUGGCAAGAUUUAAUUGCCAAAUGUCAAAUCUUUACAAAGACAGGAAAAAAAAACACACAAGCACAUUUUCCGACACAAACACCAGAACACGCACAUAUACACACUUUUUGACACUUAGAAUUUGUGUGCAUACUUCUGUUAGGAGCCACAUAUCAUUUACGGGGAAGAAAUACUGCUGUUUGUUUGUGGUUUAUUUUGUGCUCUCCCUCCCCUGGAUCGUCCUCUGGUGUUACUUCACCCACGCACACCGACACACAUCCACACACUGAUGACCAGGCACACCAGUACCCCCUCUCUCUCUCUCUCUCUCCCAGUUUAAAGAGUUAAUCCCAGAGCUAAGCCAUGAUUAACCACGGACCCCCGCUGCCCUCCCUCCUGGGGCAGGUGGAGGGGGUGAAAGGGCUCUAAGGCAAAAAGAGGACUCCGUGGCAAACUGACUGACGGGACUUCUGACUCGAUGACGUCACUUUUUUUAACGUGACCUCUGUUGAAUUAUCAGACUUAAAUGUUUAACAAAAAAAAUCAGCAAAAAUGUGAAGAAAAUGCCAUAAUUCUCUCUUUUUCUUUCAACACGUGUAACUGUAAGACCUGCUAACUGCCUGCUUCUGAUUCAGCAGAGCCGCAGCAUUUUUUCUUUCUUUUGUUGUUUUAACGGAUGUGAACACCUGUCACGGGAGGAAAUCACCUUUUUGAGUGAAGACACAGAGACUAAAGAGGAACACGUCGGCUGUAGCGUUUAUCUCCCCCUACAGGAACAUCCGUGUUCUGCAGCGUGAGCUCGGGUCGUGAUCCGGCGAACUGUUUGCUCCAGACUCCCCUGUAAUGUGAAACUCAGAGAGGGGGGUGGGGGGUUGGGGGUUUAACAAAAAAAAACAAAAAACAACUAAAAUCGUUCUGAAUCGCUUAUCUGACCUUAAGGUUAUUUUAAUUUUUUUUUUUUUUUAAAGAAAAAUUGUCUCUUCAAACGACAUUUCAGCUUCCUUUGGUUGAGUCUGUGGAGCUUCCUUAUGUCUUUAUUUUUUCUUUUCUUCAGUCUUAUGCACAUGUCUGAGAGGCAUAAUGAUGUCUGCCUGCAGAAAGGGACCUACACUCAUUGAAGACUAGACUUACAUGAGGAGUACAGGUCCUGAUCUUUAACUACUUUCGAUGAAGAGGUCACAUGUCAUCACUCAAUUUGAAUAAUUGUACAAAAAAAAACGUAAUGUGUAUCUCUCCUUGCCGUCUAAUGAAUAUAUGAAUAUAUUUACAUAAAGCCUGUACAAAGCUGCUGCAGCUGACAGUCGUUGGAUGGACGAUAACUGUCAAAGAUGGCUUGGGAGGGUUUUUUUUUUGUUUUUGAAGCAAUAUUUUCUUUGUUUUUAUUUUUGACUUGCAUAUGUAUUGUGAUGACAUGCUGAUGAAUUGGAACAGGCUGGUUUUUUCUUUUUCCUCCUCUUUGUAGUGGUGACGGGGCUCUUUAAAACGUACCGUCCCGUGUCCCAGUCGGUGUGCGGGUUCGGGUUUAAGGUGUCGAGCCUUAACCCCGGCUCUGACCCUGGUCUCGAAGACUUUAUGAUCCCCCUGGUUGGCUGCUAACUACUUAGAAGGGGGUAAGAGCGAGGGCAGGGUCGCACCGGGGUUUUAAAUAUUGGGUGGGGCUGUUCCGAGCAGCCCAGGCUUGUUUUUGGGACUAGCUGUUUAUUACUGAACAAAACUAUAGAGAGGGUGUACAGUCAUGAACUAGCAGACUAGACCGAGCCACUUUAAAGAUUUACAAUUUCGUUGCCUUGUAUCCGAAUUGGAUACAAGCUUAUGUUUGUUGCAAGAUUUUUACUUGCUAAUGAAAAGUUGUUUUAAAUAAAAUAAUAGGAGAAAAGCAACAGACAGCGUUUUGGCCUCUGAUUGUUUAUAUCUUUUUAUAAAUUUUAGAUUGAAUUCUUCUCUUUAAGGUGGCUCAUUGAUGCUUUCAACUCUUGUGCAUAUUAAAGACAAGAAUGAGUUGAAAAUCAUUGUGCCUUUUGUUUUUCAUUUCAACUAAAACUUUUAGGUUUUAUUGAAUAGAAAAGACUCAGAGCGACUGGAGAAUCUUUAAAGCGGGAGAUGUGGCUACAGUAAAUGUGUGAGUCUCCUUGUUGUUGGAGUUUGCCAUGGGAAUGGUCAAUGCUGCUCUCUGCUGUUGAGAGUAACUGCUCCCCUCCGAUCUUAUUCACUGAACAUUGUAACGCAGCAUUUCUCCCGCUCAUUACCCCCCCCCCCCUCCCCCCUCUCCUCUCCUCCCUUCCUCUCCCUGAACACAAACCAUCAUUGCCAUAUUUCAGUCGGGGGAUUUUCACAUCUCCUCUCAUCUCGCCCUCAGGACAUGAUCUGUGUUUCUGAUCCUAACCAAAAUAAACUUGCUGUUUAGCCGUUGGAUCCUU